AUGUACGAUUACGAGCAUGUCCCGCAGAUCCCAGCACUUCCCGUAGAACCGAUUGAAGUCAUCUUUAUGUCUCAAUAUGGAAAUCGGUUCCUUUCGGAAUGCGACGGUAUCAUUAGCACGAGCAGUCGACUAUUUGAAACUGGACCAAUUGAACAAUGGCAGGAAUACCUCAACCCACAGCCAGUCCUCGCAGUUGGCCCCCUUUCCGAUCCCGAAAAUGUAAAACUGGAUAUUUCUAGGCAUUGGGACGUCGUAGCAUUUUUGGAUGGAGCACUAGAGAAGUUUGGGCCGUACUCAGUUGUAUAUAUAUCAUUUGGGUCAGUUUUGUGGCCUUCAGAGCCCGACAAGUUGUGGACUGUUGUUGAUGUUCUCGUUCAGGAAGAGAAUCCCUUUAUCCUGAGCCAUGCAUCUCCGGUUGCCUCAAUCCUGGACAGUAUGAUGGAGAAAAUCAAAGCAUUUGGAUUCGGGUUUGCGGCAAAAUGGGUCCCACAGCAACUGAUUCUGCAACAUGAAGCGUGCGGAUGGUUCCUGACCUAUGGAAUCAAUAAGCGCUGGUGUACCAUUGUGAACACUCAAAAUUUUCGUUUCAUUGCUGCUUAUCCGGAAGAAUCUUCUUCGAAUAGGAUAUGCUGGCCUUUCAGCGUUGAUCAACCGGUGAAUGCUGCGAACGUGUCAACAGUUCAUAACAUUGGAUAUGAGCUGCUCGAAGUGCGCAACGGACAUGGCCUACGUCCGCUUCACCGUCUUGGUAAUAAGCGUCCAGAGGGAACGGUCGAUGCUGUUAAGCGCGAGAUACUUGAUGUGCUGUAUAUGGCUCGUGGAGAGGAUGGCAAGGCGAAGCGAAUGAGAGCACAAAGCUUCAAAUACAAAUUAUCCAAGGACACGACACAAGGUGGGCGUGCUUACACAGAUCUGGACCGACUCGCCCAAAUUAUUGUCUGA